AUGCCGUCCAUGGCCAAUGAUCAAUUUGACUUUCCUCUUGCAAAGAGGCAAAAGAGAGCACCUGAUGCCAAACAGGCGAAGGCUCAUGGGGGUUCCAAAAUUUUCGCACCGUUUCGGACUCUUGGACUUGUUUCACCGACGCCCGUCCCCUUCACCAGUGUGCGCUUGGGUAAAUCGACUUUCCAGAUCACCACCUCCGUUGGUCAUUCGCUGCAGACGUAUGAUCUGCGCAAAGGAUUGAAUCUAACCUUCCUGACGCGCCCGCAAACGCCAGAGAUUAUCACUGCAACCUAUGCGUGGCAGGAUAAGGUCUUCGCCGCCUGGGGCCACCUUCGGCCCCGGUCACCGGGUGGCAUCUGGGUGUUCAAGCGUGGAAAGCGAGUUGCGACUCUUGACAGCCCUAGUCUUGGUGCACCCAUCGAACGAUUAAUUGUGUUUGGCUCAUGGGUUGUGGGCUGCUGGGCAGGAGGGCUCGAGGUGUGGAAGACGGGCACGAACGAACACUAUGCCAGCCUCCGUCCUCGGUCAACCCCAGGCACGUCCGAGGAUCAAGUCUAUGCCAGAAUCCUAUGCAACAUGCCUACAUACCUCAACAAGAUCUUUGUUGGGCGCAAUGAUGGCGCGAUUGAUAUUUGGAAUCUGCGCAGUGGAAAACUCAUCCACACUCUGCCGGCGCCGUCUUCAAACGCCGGUCCAGUCACUGCGCUUCAGCCGACUCCUGCGCUGUCACUCCUGGCCGUCGCCCACAAGGGUGGCGCCUUGUCAAUCCAGAAUGUCAAUUCGGGCCAGUUAAUUCUCAGUUUGAGGACUGCAUCCGCCCGCAUCCCAGCGGUCACAUCUAUCACAUUCCGUAGCGACGGUCUGGGUGCCGGACACGAUGGCCGAAAGGCCGGCGUCAUGGCAACCGCAGCCAGUGGAAGCGGCGAUAUUACCAUGUGGGAUCUUAACGAUGGCGGCCGUGUAUCUGGCGUGCUUCGGGGUGCUCAUCGGGUGUCAAGCAACGAGUCUAGCAUGGGCGUUAAUCGCGUUGAGUUCCUAGAUGGGCAACCCGUCUUGGUGUCAAGUGGAGACGACAAUGCCCUCAAGACAUGGAUCUUUGACGAAACUCCCUUCUCGCCCACCCCUCGGCCCCUCCAUUCCCGCGGCGGUCAUUCUGAUGCAGUCAGCGCUGUCGACUUCCUCCCCGCAGCCUCCGACGGCUCCGAGUCGGGUGGGAAAUGGUUGCUUAGCGCGAGUAAAGAUUGCAGCCUCUGGGGGCUUAGCCUACGAAAGGAUAGCCAGCAUUCCGAGCUAUCGCAGGGUAAUUUGGAGCGCAAGGCCAAGAAACUGGGGCCAACCGAGUCGGGCUCUCCUAUGGUGGACACAUUGAAAGCGCCAGAGGUUACCUGCAUGGCCUGCUCGUUGAACCGAGAUGGAGGGAUGAGCACGACGACCUUCGGGCCCAUAUGGUCCAAUCCAAAGGGUGGUAGUGCCGAUACCACUAGCGUGACCGGGUGGGAAAGCGUCGUCACUGGCCAUCGAGGAGAUAAAUUUGCCCGCACUUGGUUCUGGGGUAGGAAGAAGGCUGGCCGCUGGGCUUUAGUGACGAGUGAUGGAACUGAGGUCAAGAGCGUCGCCAUGUCCCAAUGCGGAACCUUUGCAGUCGUGGGUUCAGCAGGAGGUUCUAUCGAUAUGUUCAAUAUGCAAUCUGGUCUGCAUCGUCAAAGCUUCCCGUCUCGCUCGCCCAAGUCUCGCUCCUCGAGGCUUCACGGUGCAAGUAUUUAUACACAAGACGCCAAACAUACCAAAGCUGUGACUGGUCUGAUGGUUGACAAUCUCAACCGGACGGUGAUCAGUUGCGGGUUGGAUGGCAAGGUCAAGUUCUGGGAUUUGCUUUCUGGGUCUUUGAUCGACGAAUUAGACUGGUAUCCCAUGGCUGCAGUCACUGGCCUUCGCUACAGCAAGGCGAGCGAGCUAGUCGCUUUCAGCUGUGACGACCUCUCGAUCCGUGUGGUUGACAUCGAGACCAGGAAGCUCGUACGAGAGUUCUGGGGGUGUGUCGGACAAGUAAAUGACUUCAUCUUUUCCAACGAUGGACGAUGGAUUAUUGCGGCGUCGAUGGACUCGGUGGUGCGAGUGUGGGAUUUGCCUACUGGACACCUCAUUGACAUAUUCCGGGUGUCCAGCACCUGCGUUUCCCUGGCUAUGCCCUCUACCGGGGAAUUCCUCGCAACUGCACAUGCGGGGGGCAUCGGCGUCAGUCUCUGGAGUAACCGCAGACUUUUUAUGCCCGUGUCUACGAAGAAUCUCGAUGAAGACGUGAUUGAAGAUGUGGGUGUGCCCACUACCUCUGGCGAGAGUGGCGCCGGACUGGUUGAAGCAGCGUUUGUAGAUGCUCCGGAGCAGGAUGAGACGGAUGGACCCGUUUCGACUACCGAACAACUGCGCCAGGAUAUGAUGACUCUCAGUCUGGUCCCUCGAAGCAGGUGGCAGGGACUUCUUCACCUGGACGCUAUCAAGGAGCGUAAUCGGCCAAAGGAGGCCCCCAAGGCCCCAGAGAAAGCACCGUUCUUCCUCCCCUCUCUUCUUGGCAAACUCGAUCCUCAGGCAAAUAGCACAAAGGGCGCCUCCGAGGCCGCCGAACUUGGCAAGCUUACUGAGAAUGCCGACGCAGAACGAUCCCGGCUUUCUAAGAUGCAAUCCGCCGGUACAGGCUCCAAUUCUGCCAUUACGCAAUUCUUGGAGUCGGGUCACCGUUCUGGUGAUUUCAAUCCUCUCGUCGAGCACCUCAAGUCCCUCUCUCCCGCCCGGGCUGACCUGGAGAUCCGAUCACUGGAUCCUCGCGUGCGGAGCGGCUUCUCAGAACUGGCUAGCUUCAUCGAUGCUUUGACCGCGCGUCUCAAGCAAAGAAAGGACUUUGAAUUGAUUAAUGCCUGGUUGGCAGUGUUCCUGAAAAUCCAUGCCGAUACAGUGGGGCUGUGUGCUCGCCGGAAUGAGCCCGAGUAUCGCCUCCUCCAAAAAGCCCUGACUGCCUGGGCCCAUGAACAACAGCAGGAAGGGAAGCGCUUGGCUGGUUUGGUUGGCUAUUGCCGUGGCGUCGUGGGCUUCCUGCGGUCUGCACGAUAG